GGGGUGGCGCGGGGCGCGGCGGCACAGGAGGAGGAUGGCGACGGAGAAUCUGUUAGAAAAGAAGCUGACGAUGAUGGCGGUGAUGAUGACGAUGAAGAAGAUGACGAAGAUGAUGAAGAUUCUGUAGUUAAAGAAGAAAAUGGUGUAUUAGUCUUGAAUGAUGCAAACUUUGACACCUUCACUGCAGAUAAGGAUACCGUGCUGCUGGAGUUCUAUGCACCAUGGUGUGGGCAUUGCAAACAGUUUGCUCCUGAGUAUGAAAAGAUAGCCAAAACUCUGAAGGAAAAUGACCCUCCUAUUCCUGUAGCCAAAAUAGAUGCUACUGCAGCCACUUCACUGUCAAGUCGUUUUGAUGUCAGUGGCUACCCAACCAUCAAAAUCCUGAAGAAAGGCCAAGCUGUUGACUAUGAUGGGUCUCGGACAGAAGAUGCUAUUGUGGCCAAAGUCAAGGAGGUUUCUGACCCAAACUGGACCCCUCCACCCGAAGCUACUCUGGUAUUGACCCAGGAUAAUUUUGAUGAAGUUGUGAAUGAUGCUGACAUUAUCCUGGUGGAGUUCUAUGCUCCAUGGUGUGGACACUGCAAGAGGCUUGCUCCAGAAUAUGAGAAGGCUGCCCAGGAGCUCAGCAAGCGCACACCUCCCAUCCCCCUGGCUAAAGUUGAUGCCACAGCUGAAACUGAGCUUGCAAAGAAGUUUGACGUUACUGGCUACCCAACUCUCAAAAUCUUCCGCAAGGGCAAACCUUAUGACUACAGUGGUCCACGUGAAAAAUAUGGUAUUGUCGACUACAUGAUUGAACAGGCUGGUCCUCCAUCCAAACAGAUUCAGGCUACCAAGCAGGUACAGGAAUUUCUUAGGGAUGGGGAUGAUGUCAUCAUCAUUGGUGUCUUUAGUGGAGAGAAUGACAAAACCUAUCAGCUCUAUCAGGAAGCAGCCAACGGUUUGAGAGAAGAUUAUAAGUUCCAUCACACCUUCAGCAACGAGAUUGCAAAACUAUUGAAAACGUCCCCUGGAAAACUGGUUGUCAUGCAGCCAGAAAAAUUUCAGUCAAAGUAUGAGCCCAAGAUGCAUGUUCUGAAUCUUAAAGACUCUACAGAUGGAUCUGAGAUUAAAGAGCACGUGCUAAAACAUGCUUUGCCUCUAGUUGGUCAUCGCAAGCUUUCCAAUGAUGCCAAGAGAUAUUCUAAGCGUCCUCUAGUGGUCGUUUACUAUUCUGUGGACUUCAGUUUUGACUACCGUGUUGCUACGCAGUACUGGAGAAGCAAAGUCCUGGAAGUGGCUAAAGACUUCCCUGAAUAUGUGUUUGCUGUUUCUGAUGAGGAAGAUUAUUCUUCUGAAAUAAAAGAUUUGGGCCUGCUUGAGAGUGGAGAGGAUGUCAAUGCUGCCAUUCUGGAUGAAGGUGGCAAGAAGUAUGCCAUGGAGCCAGAAGAAUUUGACUCUGAUGUACUCAGACAGUUCGUGCUGGCUUUCAAGAAAGGAAAACUGAAGCCAAUUGUCAAGUCCCAGCCAGUGCCAAAAAAUAACAAAGGGCCUGUGAAAGUGGUAGUGGGUAAAACUUUUGAUACCAUAGUGAUGGAUCCAAAGAAUGAUGUUCUCAUAGAGUUCUAUGCUCCAUGGUGUGGACACUGCAAGAAACUAGAACCAGUGUAUAAUGAGCUAGGUAAAAAAUACAAGAAUGAGAAAAAUCUGAUUAUAGCCAAGAUGGAUGCUACUGCCAACGACGUGACGAAUGAUCACUACAAAGUGGAGGGAUUCCCCACCAUCUACUUUGCUCCAAAGGACAAGAAGAACAACCCUAUUAAAUUUGAAGGCGGGGACAGAGAUCUAGAGCAUUUGAGCAAAUUUAUAGAGGAGCAUGCAACAAAACUCUCCAGAACAAAAGAAGAGCUUUAGAUAAGAUGAGGGUGGAGAAGAAAAAUUGUUUGUACAAUGUAGUUAAAAUCGAGUUACUGACAAAACUUGGUGAGAGAAGAAUUAUGCAGUUUUGAGCAAAGAGAUUCUUGAGCAGUAAAGCAAUUGCAGUAUCUUUUUUUUUUAUAUGGCAGAUGAGUUUUUUUUCUGGACACUGAACUUAAUACUCUAAUAUGGAUGUCUUAUGUUAGUUACUGUUUUGAUCUUUGGAGAAAAAUACAUCCUUUAUUUUUUGUGACUAUCUUGAGCUUUAUUCUUUGACUCCAAUGCAGCUGUUUUUAAGUUGAAAGAUACCACCAAAAAGAGAAAAGUAGAUCCCUCAGACAAACAGAUUUAUCUUAUUUAUUGUUAUGGUUACUGGGGGGAGCAAUCUUUUCAGUUAGUCUUUUCUUUAUGUUUCUGUGUACCUAUUUAUGUGACUCUAUCACUGUAUUCAUUGCUGAGGAUAAGAAUGGAGGUUUUCUAAAGUGUGGAUGAAUUAUUUGGUCUUAUACCAAGAACACAGGGACUUGCUAACUAAAUAUGCUUUAGAUCUGUUUUAGCUUUGUGUGUCUCUGUAGAGAGUAUGGUAAAGCAGCGAGUUUUUCUGAUAUACUUCUCUUUACUACUCUUUAUUGACCCAUUUACAUCUCAGUCUUCCUAGAUAUGUUUUGGUGUAAUUGGAGUAUGGCAGAAAAAGAUCAUCUAGUGGGUGGAAAUGCUGGGAUUCUGGUUCAGAUCUAUGUGUUACUGUCUUUCCUUUUGCAGAGAGGAAAGUUUGAUUCUUCUUUGGGUAAGCAGACUGAGACCUUCUAAUGGCCUUUAUUACUCUAUCAGGAAUUGCAGGUACAAAGAAUAAUCACAUCUUCUGUGUGCCCCUGUUUGAAGCAUAUGCAUUUAAAAGUGGAUUUUUGUCUUGAAUGGUCCAGUUUAGAUAUGUCCAUAAAUUAGGGGUCUUGUUGAGGUUGCAGGCUUACAUGCUCUAGAAGAACUGUCUUCCUCUUCUCAGCGCUGUGAUGCUGUGGUGUGUGCAACUUGAGUGUCCCUGAGGCAGUUUUGAUUCACGUUUUGUUUUACAGGUAGUUUUUCUCCUGGCAGCACUGUUUUCUGUCUUGCAAAAUAUCACCAGUCUUCCUUCAGUAAUUGCUUGUUGCAUUGGUUUUUAGAUUUUUGGAGGGUGUGCAAAUCUAAAACCAUUACCCAAUCUUUUUUGGUUUUUUCUUCUGAGGAGAUGCAUUCUUCUUUGUAGUAAGGAUAAACCCGUGUCCAGGGAGUGGCUGUUCAGGUAGAGUCUGAGGACCUAAAAGAGGAUGCAAGGGGGUACGUAGUCCUUAUACUUUCCUAUUGCACUUGUCACCCCUAUUGAAGGGAUGUUCUUCCCUUCUGCCUUAACAGGGGACUGUCCCCCACUGUUAACAAUCCACACAGCAAACGAUAACUAUCAAAUUCUUGCAGAUGUGUAUGGGACUACAUGAAGGCUUUUCCUUAAUUAAUGGUUUAGCCAAGGAUAGAGAACAAAGCUCACCAGCAGAUUAUGAAUGAGAGGGACAGUAUCAAAUCUCCUGGGAGUGCCGGGGUGUGCCUGAAUGCUAUUCGGCUUCUGUUGUUUAUUAGCAAAAGCUGGGAAAUGCUAAGCAACUAAGUGUUAAAGCAGUGUCAUCAUUUACCUCAGGCCCUGGCAUUUUCCAUCUCCUCUUCUCACAUUAGAGGGCUUUUUUUUUUUUCUACUGUCCUUAAGUCUUAAGCCUGUUAAGCGUAGGCUUCAUCUUACCAG